UCUAUUUUCGAUUAUUCUUCCUUCCUACGUACGUACGGAAGUAGAGAAAGAAGAAGAUCCAGACUUUUGCCAUAAUACAUAUAUGCGAAUGUUAUUGGUUGGUUUUGCCCGUGGUGGUGGUCGUCCGUUUCCCUUUGGUUGGUCGUUCGGUAGCUAUCUUUCCCCAGUUUGCAUUGAUUUGCUUGUAUAACGAGAAGCAGGAGAGAACUUUCUCCUCACACCAACUUUCUCCUCAGAGAAGAGUCAGUCUCACUCGCUAACUUUCUCUCUCCUGGAAAACACUUUCCAAUAAUUCCUCAGGCAAGAAAUACAAAACAUGGCAUCCAAAACGUCAACAAGUUCUUCCUCCACAUCCACGGCGGACCUGAUCCCGGACAAUUUUGCGCUUUUGGUGGAAGGCGCCUGGAAGGAGUUGACCUUCAAGCGCGUCGAGGCCCAAGAUUAUCCCAGAGUGGUGCGUCACAUACAAGAAUAUUUCAUGAAGGAUGAACCCACUUGUUCCUUGCUGGGGUACACGAACGACUUUGGGGAUGAGAUGGAAGCAAUGGUGAGGAAAAUGCUGGCUGAAAAUUUGUCAUUUUUGGUCGAACAUGCUGAAACUUCGGAGGUGGCCGGUGUCCGAAUCAUGUUUCGAGCCACCCCCACCAACUAUUUUGAAUACAUCAACGUGGAAAGCUACGCUGGGAAGGUGUUUCUCCGUUUGGUCGAUAUUAUGAAGAAAAUGUCGAAUCUUUUCGACACUUAUGGCGUGAAUGAAGUCGCAGAGUUGUUUAUUGCUUCGUGCGCCCCGGAUUUUAGACAGCAAGGGUUAGCCACGGAGAUGUACAGGCGAAGUCUCGAAUUUCUGAGGGCUGAAGGGUUCAAAGUGGCCGAGGCCAUGUUCACCUCGCCGUACACGCGUCGUACCGCGGAAAAGCUUGGAUUCGUCGAAAUUUGUCGGUUGGACUACAAAGAAUUUAUUGACGACAUUGGUCACUUUGUUUUCAACAGGGAUGAGCUUACCGAUGAAAACUUUGCGGCCGUUAUGGUCAAAGUGUUGUAAAAAGGAGGAAAGAACGAGAUAUUUUGAUGUUUGAUGUAUCUAAAUGUGUGUAUAUUUAAUGUAUUAAUUAACAAAAGAGUUUAAAUCAAAAAUAUUUACAAGUUCAAAUCUGAGCUAAAAAAAUUUACCCGAACCAAACAAAGCCAAAACUUACCUGACAAAGAAAAAAAACAUUUGAAAAUCAGAGCUAAAAAAAUUACCUGAAUUUAAAAAAAAACAAUUAAAUCUGACGAGCUAAAAAAUCUAUGUACAUAUUUCUAAAUCUAUGAAAAAAAUCUCUACUCACUCGGACCAAUUGGACUUCUUUCAUACUCAUAUUAUUAUAAAAUAUAGGACGAAUUAUUGCUUUCAAAUCAUGUCUAAUUUUAUAUGUGCCGUAGCAAAGUCUUACAUUUAGCAAGAUAAUUAAUUAUAUAAUAAUGAAUGUAAUUAACUCUAAUUAAAUCUUUACGAGUCAUGCACGUACCUAAAAAAACACAUCCUAACUUUAACUUAGAAAAGUGAAAGCACUAGCACAUGUGAAUUUUACUCAUUUCUUUGUUAAAUUAGUGAGCAAUUAGUGAUCAAUUAGUGAGAAUUAUAUGUCACCUUAGAUUAAAUGUUACCAUAUUAUUAAUAGUUUAGCUACUUACACGUACCUAAAAACACAACCCAGCUUUAAAGUAAAAGUGAAAGCACAUACCAACAAUUUUACUCAGUUUUUGUCAAAUACAUACUUAAUUAGUGAUCAAUUAGUGAUUAAUUAAUACCAAUUAUAGAUUAAAUACCUUACUUAUUUAUUACAUACUUUUUCCUAGCCCUAGCUGAACAAUCUCUCCGUAUAAAUAAACUAAACCUGAAUGUCGUCUCGCAUGGCUGUACUUUUACCGUUGUCUUUGUGGAAUAAAAGCUUAUGCCAAAAAAUAA